AGCACCUCGGAUUUCCAAUCAUAUGUGGUAUCCGGGGGAUCUAGGUGUCGAAAACUACUAUCAGCGAGCAACCGAUGGCGGAUGGAUCGUCUCAAAAGACAUUCCGCCAUUGUUAGAGAAUAAUGUUAUGUCCGGUAUCGUUGGCCUCUUUAUCCUCACAAACAAUCCGCUCGCCGGAAACGAGCCGUCGACGCUGUCCACGCCAAAGGGCAUUUGAUCUAUGUACUGUCAUCCGGAAGUGACGGGCUCGCCAGCUCUGUCUGCGUUCCCGGCUGUCGAGGACUCCCCGGCCGAAUGCGGCUCUUAUUCGUCCCCCAAGCCGUUGGAGCUACGGAACAAGUCCUAUCAAACAGCUCAUCCACCUGAGACGGUGGUAAAGGUCGGAUUCGAAGGGUCGAACUCCAGGGUGGCCAUACCUACCUCCCCGACCAGUUCCCCAGUUCAAGCGUUCAAUAAGCGCAUCAAUGAAUACGGUGGAGCCGCCGCCCCCAAGAAAAGGUCUCAGUCAGUUCGUUCUCAGGCUCAUGGAAUCUUCUGUAUCUCUCCAUUCCCUUGUCUCCCAGACGCGUGUUGAAACCGCGAAGAAAAAGGCAACUCCCUCCGCAGCUGUAGCGUCCGCCAGAGUAGAACCGAUUCUAGGUUUCUCUUACAAAG